AUGAGUGAAGAAAAAAGCUUUGGUGUAUCCCAGAAAAUGUUGUCUCCUUCAAGAAGUACUAGUAGCUGCUCCUCCAAGCAGGGAAGUCGACAGGACAGCUGGGAAAUUGUAGAAGGACUCCGGGGAGCAAUGAAUUGUACCCAGGAGCCACAGAAGCAGGAGGGCUGCUUGCUGAAAAAGAGGAAAUGGCCUUUGAAGGGCUGGCACAAGAGAUACUUCUUUUUGGACAGAGGGAUUUUGAAGUAUUCUAAAUGCCAAGCUGAUAUAGAGAGAGGGAAGAUACACGGCUGCAUUGAUGUUGGACUUUCUGUCAUGUCUGUAAAGAAAUCAACGAAAUGUAUAGAUUUGGAUACAGAAGAGCAGAUAUACCAUCUGAAGGUGAAAUCCCAGGAGCUGUUUGAUGAAUGGGUAGCAAAACUUCGUCAUCACAGAAUGUACCGUCAGAAUGAAAUCUCCAUGUUUCCUCAUGACGUCAAUAAUCUUUUCUUCCCUGUGUCUGCUACUGCAGACUCUGUCCCUGGUUUCUGUGAUUCUGCUCUGGGUAGAAAGGCAGGGAGUUUGACCAAACAGAAUUCGUCAGCUGGAGGUAACUUGUCAUUUUCCUUUUCGAGUAAUGAGUCCAGGAUUUCAUCUUGGCUACAGUCUUCUGAAGACAUGGAAAAAUGCUCAAGAGACCUCUCCAACUGUCACACAUAUUUACUGGAAAUGAACCAGCUGUUACAGAGCAUGGAUGUUCUUCACAGGACAUAUUCAGCGCCUGCUAUAAAUGCUAUGCAGGUUGGACCUUUUGAAAGCCCAAAGAAGGAAAAGAGAACACACAGGAGGUGGCGAUCCAGAGUUGUUGGGAAAGAGGCUAAAGGAAUGUUACAGGUGCCUUCAGUAUUUUCUGCCCCUAUGAGACUGCAUGCUUCCAAUCCAAACUUAUCUACAAUAGAUUUUGUAGAGGAGAAAAAUUACUCCGAUGGCUCUGAAACACCAUCAGAAUUUACUAAAAUGCAGGAGGACUUAUUUCACAUUGCACACAAAGUUUACUUCACCUUGAGGUCAGCUUUCAGCACCAUAUCUACAGAGAGAGAAAAGCUGAAGCAGAUGCUGGAGCAUGAUGCAUCCUCAUCUCCAUCUGCACAAAUAGUGGGCUUGAAGAAUGCCUUAACAUCUGCAAUAGCACAAAACACAGAUCUUAAAGACCGGUUACGCAGAAUACAUGCCGAAUCUAUGAUCCUUGAUUCAGCAUCUAAUGCAAAAUCAAGUCCAGAUUUGGUGAAGGAAAAUUCAAGAGAAGAAAGCAGAGGUCUGGUUCACCAGGUCUCCAAUGAAAGCAGACUGUCUAUAGCUGACUCCCUCACAGAAUUUUUUGAUGCACAGGAAGUCCUACUGUCUGCUAGCUCUUCAGAAAAUGAGGUAUCGGAUGAUGACUCAUAUGUAAGUGAUAUCAGUGAUAAUGUCUCAGAAGAUAACCUAAGCAAUGACAUGGAGAACGAAAGACAAACUUUAGACUGUAUUUCUGAAAGUGGAAUCGGAUGCAAUUCUAAACGGAGAACAUGUUUGCCAGCUCCGUGUCCUAAUACAAGUAACAUCAGCCUAUGGAAUAUCCUGAGAAAUAACAUAGGAAAGGAUCUCUCCAAAGUGGCCAUGCCUGUUGAAUUAAAUGAGCCACUUAACACCCUUCAGCGUCUCUGCGAGGAGCUGGAGUACAGUGAACUACUAGAUAAAGCAGCGCAUACACCUGACCCAUUCGAACGGAUGGUGUAUAUAGCUGCAUUUGCAGUCUCUGCAUAUGCAUCCAGUUACUACCGAGCUGGAAGUAAGCCAUUUAAUCCUGUGCUUGGAGAAACCUAUGAAUGUAUUCGUGAAGAUAAGGGUUUCCAGUUCUUUGCGGAACAGGUCAGUCACCAUCCACCUAUUUCUGCAUGCCAUGCUGAAUCUGUGAAUUUUGCUUUUUGGCAAGAUGUAAGAUGGAAAAACAAAUUCUGGGGAAAGUCCAUGGAAAUUGUUCCAGUCGGUACAACACAUGUAACUCUUCCAGCUUUUAAAGACCAUUUUGCAUGGAACAAGGUGACAUCUUGCAUCCAUAACAUCUUAAGUGGGCAAAGAUGGAUUGAACACUAUGGCGAGAUCAUCAUCAAAAAUCUUAAUGAUGACACUUGCCACUGCAAACUGACUUUCAUAAAGGCAAAGUAUUGGAACCCAAAUGCACAUGAGAUUGAAGGCAGUGUCAUGGAUAAAGCUGGGAAAGUUGUGCAUCGACUCUUUGGGAAGUGGCAUGAAAGUUUAUACUGUGGGACAACUUCAUCUUCAAACUGCAUAUGGAGAGCAAAUCCGAUGCCUAAAGAUUAUGAACAGUGGUAUGGAUUUACUCAAUUUGCACUGGAGUUAAAUGAACUGGAUCUGCAAACGAGGCCAUUACUCCCAUCCACUGAUACACGUUUUAGGCCGGACCAAAGGUUUCUAGAAGAAGGGAAUAUUGAAGGAGCUGAAAUGCAAAAGCAGAGGAUUGAGCAACUACAGAGAGAACGACGGAAGGUGCUGGAAGAAAACAAUCUGGAGCAUCAGCCUAGAUUUUUCAGGAAAUCCAAUGAUGACUCCUGGGUGAGCAAUGGAACCUACAUGGACCUUAGAAAAGAACCUGGUUUUUCCAAACUGGACAAUCCUGUCCUCUGGUGA